GUCUCGGAAAAUUUUUCCCCACUCGAGAGAACGUGCCCUCCCGGGGGAAAUUGUAUAGAUGGCCUUCCUCCAACGUAUCGAAAGUUGGAUCCCAUGCCCGUUGUUGUUAUAGUCGGGGAAAAAAAUAGGACUUUCGGUCUUUCUUGCUUCUUCCCGCCAAUAUAAAACCCGUGCGAUUCUCUCUCUCUCGUUCGGUCAUCGGGCGGCGAGGAAGUGAGAUCAAUGGAGUUUAGUCUGAGCGGAAAUGCUCUCAAGACCUUCGCUCGCUCAGUCACAUGCCUUGCUAGAAUCGGAAACGAGCUCGUCAUCCAAGCUUCUCCAUCGCAGCUUGCUUUUUACACCCUCAAUGCAUCACGGUCUGCCUAUCAAGCUAUAACAUUUCAGACUGGGUUCUUUGAUGACUAUGCCAUUUCUGGUAAUCAAGUGCAAUGCAGUGUUCUUUUGAAGGCUGUUUGCUCUGUUCUUAGGACACCAAUUGCCAGUAUAGACCAUCUGAAAGUGCAGUUGCCAGAUCCUGAUGCAUUGAAAGUGCGAUGGAGUUUGGAAUGCUUCAAUGGAAUGAAGAAAACAUACUGCAUUUCUUGCAACAUUGAGCCAGACAUACAACACUUGUCUCUUGACAGGAGGCAGUUCCCAAGUGACUUAGUCGUGAGACCUCGAGAUCUGAACAGAUUACUCUCUAAUUUUCAGUCAUCCUUGCAGGAGAUCACUAUUAUUGCAACAGAACCAACUUCAUUACCUUCUGAAGCUGCAAGUGAGAUUGAAGGAAAGGCUGUUGAGCUUAGAAGCUACAUAGACCCGACCAAAGACAAUGAUGCACUGCUACAUACUCAACUUUGGAUAGAUCCUAAGGAAGAGUUUGUCCAUUAUUCUCACAGUGGAGAUCCGGUAGACAUAACGUUUGGAGUAAAAGAAUUGAAGGCAUUUCUUUCUUUUUGCGAGGGCUGUGAAGUUGACAUCCACCUGUAUUUUGAAAAAGCUGGAGAGCCAAUCCUAAUGGCACCGAAAUUCGGUCUGGACGAUGGUUCAAGUUCAAACUUUGAUGCUACACUUGUACUUGCCACCAUGCUUAUAUCACAGCUCCAUGCGGGAAGCCAAUCACAGCCUCCACAAGAGGCUGCGAAUGUGCAUGGUGAAUCUGAUCACAGAGCUGGCUCCCAAGCACAUGCAGAGCAAGAUGGGUCUAGAGCUAAUGUUUCUGGGCAUCCAUCCGAUCAUACCAGAAUAUGGUCUGAACUCUCAGGAAGUGCACCAAGAAGCGGUAACGGUGCUGAAGGACAGGUACAAGCUGAGAGAAAUUUGAGUUCUUCUGAACAGAUGGAAAUUCAAAGGAUUAGUACAAUACAGAUUUCGAAAGCUGGGUGUGCUCAAGAAAAUGACCAAGUUGGUCGUGCUAGUGACCAUUCUAUGGGAAGAGAACGUCAAGAGAGGUCUGAUAUAAAUGGUCCUGCCGUUUCUCAACAUCAUCCCAGUAACUGGGUAGAUGAAGAAGACGAGGAUGAUGACAACGAUGAUGGGGAUGAUAAUGAAUUGUGUGUUCAGUCAACUCCACCAUACUAUGAAGAACAAUAGAAAGGGUAAACACAUACCUAGUUGAUUCACUCAUCGAAGCUCGACAUACAUAAUCUGUAUGACGUUAAAUAGGGGGGCCAACGUCCCAAAGAUGCCAUCGCGUAUGCUCGGUCCUCCUGUGGAAGUGUGGUGUAAUAUCAGCCUGGGGGUGAGCAGAUGCCAACUCUUCUCAAUUACCUAGUGGUAUCUGUAUCCUUGGCUUGAUCAUAGGGUCAUUUUGGUCACAUAAAUUGUUAUGGUUUUAGCAUCGAGUCCACUUUACUGUUCCAGUAUAUAGUGUUGUGAACAGAAUCAGUUGUUGGUUUGGGGUCCUUUGUACUGUCUUCAUUUGCAUUAAUUUCAGGUAUUUUCUAAUGUCAAUGUUAGAUAGAUAUGAUGCCCUGGAAGCUGGAAUUUUCAAAUCUUAUGUGAAGUGAAAGAGCUAAAGUUUUUUACUGAAA